AUGGAUGGAUCGUUUACUAUUCUCUUCAUGAAGAAAGGCAGUAUGGAGAAUAGAAUUCCAGGUUACCUUGAACAAAAGUUUAGUCCACAAUGUAUAGGGGUUUCAAAACCAUUUUUCCCCGAUAUAAGGAAUGCAAAAGUGAAGCCGGAGCAGACUGCCCAUACAACCAGGAAGAAGUCCCGAAUUCGACCGUAUGACAGAGCAGAACCAGAAGAGGCUGAUGCCAUAAAACAUAUUUUUAGGCUUAGAGAAAAGCUUGAGUGGGAAACUCCAUCAUUUCUGCGUUCUCUGAAGUACCACCCUAAGACUGUGCUCCCAAGGCGCAGCCUAAAGGAAUGCUUGAAAGAUGACGGGGAAUUCAUAUACUGCCUUCCUAUGGAGAACAGCAGGGGCAUGUUUAACGAGUAUGACCUGCAAGCAGUCUCUGUCUACAGAGCGAAAAACUGCAGAGAGUUUUGGAUGGUCACUGCUUCAUUUGUCUCCAAGAUCACUAAAACAGGCGUCAACAUGGAGGACGUGGAGCUUAUGCCUACGAUGGACUGGCUCUAUGAAAGACAUUACUUCUAUUUACUGCAGAAGUUUAAGAUAUUUUACAACUUCCGGCUAAAUAAAGCCUUUGUUACUUGGAAACUGAAUGUUAAAAGACAUAAGACAGAGACUAGCAGGUCAUACCUGUACCACCAUCUUUUCUGGGCUGAUGAGUUAUUUCAAACUUGUUUGCUUUAUGUGAGAGGACUCUGUGAAGAUGCCAUGACUCUCAAAAAGAAAAAUAAAGACAAUUCGUCCGCCAUCUGCCUUAUCAAGGUGGACACUUCUCGAACACACGUUCUGGGAAAGUUUUGUGAAGAGCAGUUACAGCAAGCCACCCAGGCAGUUGCACAACUCGAGGAGAUCAGGAGUAAAGCGAUUGUAGAGAUAAAGAAUGCAGCCUUAAAGGUUGCAGAAAAGAAAAAUGUUAAGGAAUACUUUGAGUCAAAACCAUCUGAAAUCAACACAACACAUUUCAAGCUGCCCCAGUAUCGAAAUCUAUUGGAAAAAAAUCUGAAGUUUUUAAAGCUGAUUGACUACCUAUUUCAAGAACUCAUUCGCCAGCUCAUGAACUCUGCACUCACCCAACUCCUGGAUCUCUUCACUGGUUCUGCGAGGAUGCCAUUUUCAAAGGAAAAAAGGAAUGAAAGUCUCAUGAGAGACAGAAAGAUCUUUUCUAGAAAGGAAUCAGAUGAUGAUGAACUUGUUGUCUCAAGUUUAACUACUCCUUCUAUUCAAAGCUUACAACCAAAACCAGACACUAAUGUUAAAGAGACUUUUAACAGUCAUCCUGUGGCAAUGGAUUUGAAGAAAACAUAUGCUCCAAUAUUUGAGGUCAACCUCUGUCUGAGAAUUCCCACUGCGAGUGAUUCUCCAGAGGACCCUGAAGGGGCGACUCGGAAGACUGAGAAAAACCUUGAAGAGUCUUUGCUGUGUGAGGAUGAGGAACUGGAGAACCGGAAAAGAACUGCAAGUGAAGACCUGCUCAGCCAGUACAACCAGCCGAGCAAGUUUGGCACCCUCCUGAAACGCAUCCUUUCAGACUCAGGACUCCGGCUUGAGUCUGACCAAGAACACUUCUAUAAUAAAUUUUUUGAAUUCCCAACAAACCUCUUUAUGGAUCCCAACAGACUGGACUUUUCGACACAAUUCCAAAAUAUGAUAGCAACUAUAGAAAAGUAUGUCACCUCAAUCGUCCCUUUUCACCAAGAUCCUCGCCUGUCUAUCCUUGUUGAUUUGGUUUCAGUUCCGGAUUUAUCUAAUGAGACAAAAAGUGUAGUCAAAUAUAAGAAGCAGCACCGAUGGCCAGAUUUCCAUAUCCUCUUUGACACAGACACUGACUACCAGAACAAAAUUGUGGCUCUGCUGACGAUUAUUGGGAAUGCAGUGGGCCUGGCUAGCGACUACAGCUGCAGGUUUCUGAAAUACUGUUACAUGGUAGAAAAGGCCAAAGUCAUGACUACAAAACUGCCGUUCAUGAAGAACUUAACAUCCAUCGAGUUUAAAAGUAUAAUACAUAAAUUCAGAAGCUACCUAAAGCAGAUUGUGACCAUGACUAUUGAGAUGCGUAUUGGAAUUUUUUGUGUGAAGACUCUGGAUUAUCAAUUAGCAUGCUUACCAUAUGUUGAUGGCAUCAUACAAAUGAGCUACGACCUGUUACAAUAUACCAUUGAGGACAAAAGUGCAAAUCUAUUAGAAACUUUAGACUCGCUGCUGCGCCAAAUGGACUCGGAGCCUGUGGAAGUGGAAGAAUUUGUGAUACAUUUGAAUUUUUUGGAUGGCAUUUUCUUGAGCUUGUCUGAAGUAGAAAAGGAUUUCUGCACAAUUUCUGAGCUGUAUUCCAUUGUGAGGCAUUACCAGAUCGAUGUGUCAGAAGAGCAGAUCGCCAUCUACAAAAUCAUCUUCAUGAAGUUCAAUCAUCUAAAAACAUCCAUGAAGUUCGUCGCCACGAAUAAAGAAGCCAGUCUCACUAAAUUCAGGAGCAGUUUGGAAGCAUAUAUUGUCAACCUACGAGUGGAUGUCAGUAACUUAAAAGAUAAGAUAAGAAGCCCUAUCCUACUGUCUGCCAGCACUCCAAUACCAAGAGCCAAGGAAAUCGUGCAGUCUCUCUCAGCAGAAGCUGAAAGCUUGACUCUCAAGGUGAAAACCUACUCAAACUACCAGAACUACUAUGAUGAAGCCCAUCUCCAUCUGAAUGCUGUCAGCAUGGACGAGAUGAGUCAUAUAGUGUUGUCGGAAAUCUCCGAAAUUGAGUGUGACCUGAUGCUGAGGAAAUUAUUAUGGGAAGCACAAGAAGAGUGGGGGACAUAUUUCUGGGAAUGGAGGAACUGUACUCUCCAAAGCAUUGAUAUCGAUUUAGUGAAGAACAACGUCUCCAAGUGGCUGCAUAUAAUCAUUGUACUGGAAAAAGGCUUACCUAAGAAUGAUAUGGUAACCCUGCUCAAACAGUCAGUGUCGGACUUCAGACAAGAGCUGCCGAUCAUCACAGCCCUGGGAAAUGCCUGCCUCAAGGCGCGGCACUGGGAGGCUCUGCAAGGCAUCACUGGAAGGUCAUCCGCUCUCAAUAAAAACCUCUCCAUAGAGAAGCUUCUAGCUCUCAAGUUGUUUCCGUAUGAACAGAAAAUAAAUGAGAUAUCAAUCUCAGCAACUAACGAAGCUGCUCUUGAAAAAAUGCUGUUUAAGAUCAUCGAUCUCUGGAACACGACUCCCUUGCAUCUGGUCCCUCAUCACACAGAGGGCCGCUCCAUCCUCAUCAUCUCCUCUACUGACGACUUGAUAGCCCAGCUGGAAGACUCCCAGGCCAUCCUUGCAACAAUCAAAGGAUCGUCCUACCUCAGGCCAAUUAAGCAACUUGUGAAUAAAUGGAAUCAAAACUUAGCCCUCUUCUCUCAGACCAUUGAUGAAUGGGUGACCUGUCAAAGAACUUGGCUUUCUCUUGAACCAAUCUUUCAGUCUUUAGAAAUACAAAAACAGCUUGCGGCAGAAGCAAAACUGUUCUCCCAGGUGCUUCUCACGUGGAAAGAAAUAAUGUCACGGGUACUGAACAAACUAGACGCCCUGCAUAUAACCAUCAGCACAGGGAUUCUCAGCGUUCUGAAGAGUUGCAACAGCAAUCUUGAGAACAUAAAGAAAAGUCUUGAGGAAUACCUUGAACUUAAAAGAAUGAGUUUCCCGCGAUUUUUCUUCCUCAGCAACGAUGAACUUCUUGAUAUUCUAGCUAACUGCAAAAAUCCCAACUCCGUACAGCCUCAUCUUGUGAAAUGUUUUGAAAACAUAAGACGCAUUCUAUUGUGGAAACAGGACGUCGGCCCUCCCUCUGUGAAGAUGCUCAUCUCUGCGGAAGGGGAAGGCCUGGUGAUGCCCAAGAAAAUCCGUGUAAGAGCGUCUGUAGAACAGUGGAUGGUAAAUGUAGAAAAAAGCAUGUUUGAUGUGCUGAAGAAAUUUAUAACUCAAGGUAUUGAAGACUGGAAAUACCAUUCUUUUUCUGACUGGGUCAUGUCACAUCCAGGGCAAGUGGUCAUCACUGUGAGCCAGAUUAUGUUUUAUAAUGACUGUUGGAAAAGUUUUAUGAGUCAUAAUCCAAGAGAAAUGCUAGAGGCAGUCCAAGCCCGUUUGCUGCAUCAUCUGGAAGAUAUCGCGGUACUGGUCACACUGAAUACUAGCAACCAGCGCACAAAAACCAUGCUGGCAGCAACAUUGAUCAUCUAUGUCCACUGCAGAGACAUCAUGACGGAUGUGCUAGUUAAGAACAUCUUCAGCAUCCAGGACUUUGAGUGGACCAGACAUUUGCAGUAUAAAUGGAAUGAGAAGCAGAAACUGUGUUACGUUCUUCAGGCAAACACCAGCUUUGUUUAUGGCUAUGAGUACUUGGGUUGUGCGCCAAGGUUGGUCAUCACUCCCCUCACAGAACGAUGCUGGCUCUCUCUCUCUGAGGCACUCUACUUCAACAUGGGAGGCUGCACUGCUGGGCCUGCGGGUACCGGGAAAACUGAGACUGUUAAGGACUUAGCGAAAAGCUUUGGUAAACAUUGUGUGGUCUUCAACUGUUUUGAAGAUUUGGAUUAUAAGAUCAUUGGGAAAUUAUUCUUUGGAUUGGUGCAGUCAGGGGCUUGGUGCUGCUUUGAUGAAUUCAACCGAAUCAGUAUAGAAGUCCUCUCGGUCAUUGCCUCGCAGAUCCUGGCGAUCAAGAUUGCCAAAAGCAGCUAUUCUGUCAGGUUCGUACUGGAUGGUAGAGAAAUACGGAUCAAUAUGUCAUGUGCAGUGCUUAUCACCAUAAAUCCUGGAUCUACAGGUCGGGUUGAACUCCCAGAUAACUUAAAAUAUCUGUUCCGCUUAGUGUCGAUCAUGGUGCCCCACUAUAAAAUGAUCACUGAAGUAACUCUGUUUUCGUAUGGCUUCAAAUCUUCACAAUCACUGUCUGGAAAGAUAGUUAACCUUUACGAUUUAGCUGACAAGCAGCUCUCAAAACAGGAACAUUAUGAUUUUGGCUUGAGGACCUUGAAGACAGUUCUAAUAAUGACAGAAAAGAAGAUACUGGAGCAUAAAUGUGGCAGCAGUGAGCACCUCUCAGAGUUAGAUGAGUCCCUCAUCCUCAUCGAGGCCAUCCGAGAAGCCAGUUUGUCGAAGUUCCUUCCCGAAGAUGUCUUACCUUUUGAAAAGAUCAUAGAAGAUGUUUUUCCUAGAAUAACGGUUUCAAAAAUAAAUCACCUUACCUUGGAGAAAGCAAUAUCUACUGCAACAGGACAAUUAGGCUUUCAACAUUGGCCAUCUCAGAAAGAAAAGAUCAUACAGUUUUAUCAACAGCUUCAGGUUUGUGUUGGCGUGAUUCUAGUGGGCCCAACAGGCGGAGGAAAGACGACAGUCAGGAAAAUUUUAGAGAAAGCAUUGAUAACACUUCCAGUUGCUUCUACCUUACUCGUGAAAGAGAGGCAAUGUGAUUCAAAGUCCACAGGGAAAAAGGGGAAAGUCGAUGUUUGUGUUUUGAAUCCAAAAUGUAUCACUCUUGGUGAACUGUAUGGACAGCUGAACAUUAAUACCAUGGAAUGGAACGAUGGGUUACUAUCGGCGGCAAUUCGAAAUUAUGUCCACAUGAGCACUGCAGAUUACUCUAAGAAAGACAAUGAUUUUGGAAUGUCAGGAAUCACAGACUUAUCUAAUAUUUUCCAAGUUGGUUUCACUACGAUAGCGGAUAUGGAUAACAACAUUUUUAUGGGUGAACUAGAGAAAAGUUUUAAAACUCCAGAAAUCCAUGAUUUUGACUGGCAAUGGAUUGUUUUAGAUGGCCCAAUCGACAGCCUAUGGAUAGAAAAUCUAAACACUGUGCUUGAUGAAACUAGAACACUGUGCCUGGCAAACAGCGAAAGGAUUAGCCUGACUAACAAGAUCAGAAUUGUUUUUGAGGCAGACUCUCUCUUUGACGCCACCCCCUCUAUCGUCACCCGGUGUGCUAUAGUGUACAUGGACCCUGUUGAUCUGGGAUGGGAGCCUUACAUGAAGUCAUGGCUUCUAAAAAGUUCAAAAAGUAUAAGUCAACAAGGAAUACAGUGUCUUGAAAAGAUGAUUAAUAGAAGUGUUACAGAAGGGAUGAAAUUUCUGAGAAAGCAUAGACAGUUUCUACCAUAUCCCAUACAGGAUGUGACAGUCGUCAUGACUCUGUGCAGAAUUUUAGAUGCCUUUUUUGAAUUCAUGCAUAUAAAACAAGGAACUCCAAAAAGAAAUAGACGGAGGAAGAUUCAAGUCUCCAACAAAGUCUGGAGGCAUGGCAUCAGUGGUCGAGCACUUGCCUGCUACCACAAGGAUGAGGGGUCAUGGUUCCUGGAGAGAAACCCUGAGAAGCUCCCAAUGAUGAUUCAGAAGAUAUUUGUCUUUGCAUUCACAUGGGCAUUUGGAGGGAUUUUAAAGCGUGAAGACCAACAUGAAGAAGACAUACUAUUCCGUAAAGGCUUUGAACAUGACUCCCUUGCAGAAGUAAACUAUAAUUUUGACAUCUUUGUCCGUGAAGUAUUUGAAGAUGAUUCAGAAAGAGACACUGGCAUCAACUUACCUGGUAGCGAGCGGUCUGUAUUUGGGUAUUUUGUGGACAUACAGCAAUGUGAGUUUAUGCCUUGGUCAGAUUUAGUUCCUACUGCUCAGGCCCUAAUUCAAAAAGGGACAUCGUUGCUGACUGACUUCCAGGGGUCUAGUGAGAACGUGCUAAGGAUGGACGAGUAUGGACAGUGUGUGAACUAUACGGCUACGAGAGACACUGUCUGCCUCUCUUUCCUCAUGAGCCUUUUUCUGAGGAACUCCUACCCUGUCCUUCUCACGGGCGACUGUGGUGUUGGGAAGAGUAUGGCCAUCAACAAGAUGCUGGAGCAGCUCGAGGGCCGAGGAACACUCAAUAUCAAAUAUGGGUCAAUUUUAGGAAAAGUCCUGUUACAUAAUGAUAGUAAAAGAUCAAGCCUCAGGCAGAAUAUCAACAUCUUGAUUGGUGAGCCCACCAAAACAAUUGGAGCAGGCUUUGAGCAGAGUGCAAAGAAAGAAGAGGCUAAAGCGGAUGACAGCACUAUUAUAAAUGAUAAAGGAAUUAUAGUCUCCACAAUAAAUUUUACCACCACCAUGACAGCCGCCAAAACCAAGGAGCUGCUUCUGCGGAAGUUAGUAAGAAGAACCAAAGACAUUCUGGGGGCACCAAAGAACAACAGGAUUGUCGUAUUUAUUGAUGACUUGAAUAUGCCGAUAGUAGACGCAUGUGGAGCACAGCCGCCCCUGGAGUUGAUCAGACAGUUAUUAGAUAUGGGAGGUGUUUAUGACACUGAAAGGAACAUGUGGAAGAAUAUUCAGGAUCUCUCUCUAAUUGCUGCUUGUACCUCUUCUGCCAGUGGGAAGGAGGUCAGUCCCCGUCUCCUCAAACACUUCUCCACGCUGGUGUUGCCUCAUCCUCCACAGAGUGCCCUAUGCACAGUAUUUCAGGCUCAUUUGGGAAUGUAUUUCUCCAUCCAUAACUUCGUAAACGAGGUUCAGAAAUGCAGAGAUCAAAUUGUGUUGUGCUCCCUGGCAAUAUAUUAUGAAGUCUGUAAGAAACUUUUGCCAACGCCAACCAAAUGCCACUAUAUAUUUAAUCCCCGAGACAUGUUUAAGCUUCUGCUAGGGUUGAUGCAGGCAGAUAAGAAUGUAAUUAACUCCAAAGAGAUGGCUGCUCUGCUCCUAGUUCACGAAGCCAGCCGCGUGUUUCAUGAUCGUUUGACUGAUCACAGCGAGAAAAGCCUUUUCUACCAGCUUCUGUCAACAGAGCUCCAGAAUCAUCUGCAGAUUUACUGGAGUCAUGAGAGUCUGAUGAACAAGCCAGUUUUAUUUGUGGACUUCAUGGAUCUAAACAAGCCUCACCGGAAAAGGAUCUACCAGAACACUGAUAACUACAAUAAACUUCUCAGCAUCCUUUCCAAAUUCCAACAGAAGUUGGGUUCAUCAUCUCUGGAGAUGUCUCAUUCGGUUGUAUUCUUCAAGGAAGCUAUAGAGCAUAUUACAAGAACUACCAGGGUCCUUCGACAGCCAGGAAGUCACAUGUUACUGAUGGGAACUGACGGCUGCGGGAAGGAAACGUACGCAACCAUAGCCUGCUACGUGGCAGAAUACAAAGUGUGCAAAGUGCCUAUCUCUCACAACUACGCUAUCUCAGAGUUCAAAGAAAUGUUUAAAAAGGUGUUUAUUCAAACAGGCUUGGAAGAGACCCCCACAGUUGUCAUGGUGACCAACUUACAAGAAGAGCAUGUGUCAUUUCUGGAAGAUUUGAACUACAUUAUCACUGCAGGAAAGAUUUCUAAUAUGUUUGAAAAUGAGGAGCUGGAUUCUAUCGUUAUGAGAGUCGGAACGUUUGCCGAGCAGUCGACUUGCAUAGAAGAUAGAAAAUAUUUACUCUCAUUAUUCCAAAAGAAAGUAUCUAAAAAUCUGCAUAUCUAUAUGAUAAGUACCACGGGACCUAACUUCCGCCAUAACUGUCGCGUUUACCCCGCCAUGAUCAGUUCCUGCACCAUCGACUGGUUCCAGCGGUGGCCCGACGAGGCCCUCCUUGUUGUGGCCAACUCCUACCUAAAAGAAAAGCUGAAAGUAGAGGACAAAGAGGAUAAAAUAAGAGAGUUUGCCCCAACAUGUGUCGAAAUCCACAAAAGUAUGAAAGAUUUGAGUGCAAAAUACUUUGAAGAAACUGGAAGGCACUAUUACAUCACUCCCAGUUGCUACUUUAAGUUCUUGGAGACAUUUACCCACAGUCUGAGGAUAAGACAAGAAGAGAUGCAGACCAAGAGGAAUCGCUUCUACAUGGGACUUUCCAAGAUUCUGGAAGCAACUGUCCUGGUCACAGACAUGCAGGAAGAACUUUUGGUUAUUGGUCCUCAAAUAGAACAAAAAGCAAAGGAAAAGGAAAUCUUGAUGGAAAAACUGCGGAAAGAUUCACAAAUAGUCGAAAAGGUUCAGGUGCUUGUGAAACAGGAUGAAGAAAUUGUGGCUGAACAAGUGAAAAUUGUGGAAGAGUAUGCUCAGAAAACUUCCAAUGAACUAAAAAAUGUGCUGCCUUCUUUAGACAAGGCAAUUGUGGCCCUGAAUGCCCUGGAUAAAAGUGAUAUUUCUGAAUUAAGAGUCUACACGCGCCCUCCCUACCUUGUUCUGACGGUCAUGAACGCCGUGUGUAUCCUUCUAGAAAGGAAGCCCAACUGGGCGACAGCAAAGCUGCUGCUUUCAGACACCAGCUUCCUAAAGCGACUAAUUAACAUUGACAAGGACAGCAUCCCUGACAAGGUGUUCUUGAGGCUCAAGAAGAUUUUAAAUCUGCCUGAUUUCAACCCCAACAAGAUUGCAAUGGUUUCUGUGGCUUGUUGCUCCAUGUGCCAGUGGGUGAUCGCUUUGAAUAACUACCAUGAAGUACAGAAGGUGGUGCGUCCUAAGCAGGCACAAGUGGCAGAGGCUCAGAACGUCCUUCAGAUUGCAAAGCAAAGGUUGUUCGAAAAGCAAAGAGGUUUACAACUGAUUGAAGAACAUCUGCAGUUCUUGCACUCGUCCUACAGAGACAUUGUUACUGAAAAGCAUCAACUGGCAGCUCGGAAAAAGCUGGCCACCAAGCGCCUCCAGUGCGCAUCUGUCCUGCUGACCGUCCUGGAGGAUGAGAAGAUCCGAUGGCAAGAAACGAUCAACGAGAUAGACAGCAAGCUGAAAGGCGUCUGUGGUGACACACUCCUUUCAUCCGCGUGCCUCGCCUACAGCGGAGUCUUAACGCCAGAGUUCCGUGAACUGGUGAUUCAGAAAUGGAAAGACUUCUGCACUCAGGCAGAAAUCAUCUUGUCACCCAAUUUUUCCUUAAUUGAUGUAAUGGCAGAAAAAAGUGAGAUUCGCCGGUGGCAUAAUCAAGGGCUGCCUCUUGGGCAGCAUUCGGCGGAAAAUGCCAUCUUGAUGAAAAGGACGAAGCAGUGGCCACUGGUGAUCGACCCGCACAAGCAAGCACUCCACUGGAUCCGCCAGAUGGAAGGGCCCAGGCUGCAAGAGAUUUCUGCUCAAGAUAGCAAUUACACCAAAAAACUGGUGAUUGCCAUGCAAGCAGGAGACCCUGUCCUCCUGCAGAAUGUCCCUGAAACAUUCCCUCCCAAUUUGAGGGCAAUGCUAAAGAAGGAUAUUUCCCAGAAAAGAGGGCAAUAUUACAUCAAAAUUGAUGAUACUGAGAUUGAAUUCAAUGACAAGUUCAGGUUGUACUUAUCUACAGAAUUAGAAAACCCCAAUUUUUUUCCAUCAGUUUAUAACUUUGUUACUAUUAUCAACUUCACGGUAACAUUCCAAGGUUUGCAAGAUGAGCUCCUAUCUAUAGUAGUAAGUCACGAAGUUCCUCAUUUGGAAAAUCAACGUGCCCAGUUAUUGGAGAGUAUUUCUCUUGAUGCUAUAACUCUGGAGGAGCUGGAGGAUAAAACAUUGACCUUACUCCAGAAAACAGAAGGAAGUGUGUUAGAUGAUGAAGAGAUUGUAGAAACCCUGAGAAAAUGCAAAAUGACUUCAAAUGAGAUUUUCAAACGUAUCAAAGAAACAGAAAAGGCAGAAAGCAAAAUUCAAGCAACGCGCAAGAACUACCUCCCCAUCGCCACUAGGGGCGCCCUGCUUUACUUCGUGGUGGCCAGCCUCUCCCAGGUGGCAAAGACUUACCAGUUCUCCCUGGAGUGGCUCCGGCGGGCUUUUGUUUCCUUUACAGUUUCCAAAACCAAAGAAGAAAAGCAUGAUUGGAAGACAGAUGAGACUUCUCAGGAAAAAGCCGAUGAGGUUUCCCUAAGUUCCUCAGAGCAAGAGAAUCUGGAGAGUGAGAGAAUUCCCUUAGCUGAGAAUAUCAAAAACACAAUAGAAACGCUCACAAGAAACGUGUUUAAGGUGGUCUCUUCAGCGCUAUUCAAUGAGCAUAAACUCUGCUUCGCCUUCGGACUUUGCACCACCAUCAUGAGAGGGAAUUCCAGUGACACUCUGAUGGCAGACAACAUAGGAUUUCUACCAGAAGAGGAAUGGAACAUCUUUUUAUAUAGCAACAUUUUGAUAAAUAUUAAAAAUAUACUAUCCAAGCCUAGACUCAACAGUAUAUUUGAAAUACGGAGAAAUGACCAUCUCCAGUGGGUGCCGGACCUGAGGUGGAGGCAGUGCCAGUACAUCAGCAAUCAAAUGGAGCCCUUCUCCCUUCUGUGCAAGUCCCUCCUGUCAAAUGAGCAGCAGUGGAACGCCUUCAGGGAUGCUAUGGCUGUGUACUCGCUCAUGAGCAGGCCUUUCUUCUCAGAUGCACCUUUGCCUCAGAAAAAACCCAGAUCAGCAAAGGAGGCUGAACUUCUGGAUGAAAAUGAUGAAAUGUUUAACCCUAUAACUUUUCCUUGGGAAAAGCUCACUCAAUUUCAAAGGCUUAUCUUGAUUAAAAUUCUUCGGCCAGACCGUUUAGAAAAUUCAAUUAAAAAAUUUAUAACUGAAAAAAUGGGAAGUGAAUAUAUCCCCGACACUACAGUGAAUCUGAAAGAGUCGUUCAGUGAGUCUACUGCUCAAACUCCACUGAUCCUCGCCCACUCCUACGGGAUUGACCUCAACAAUCUUCUCCUGAGAUUUGCAGAAGAGUUCAAGGGAACGACCCCACAGGUGACCAUGAUUUCUCUGGGCCCAGACCAAGAAAACAAAGCAGAGGAAAUCAUUUUUAAGGCAGUGGGAAAAAAGCAUCAGUGGGUCUUCCUGCAGAACUGCCACCUGGCGGCAUCCUUCAUGCCAAGACUCACUGCCAUCAUAGACUCGUUUAGUAAUCCAGAUAUGGUGCUAGAUCCUGACUUUAGGCUUUGGCUAAGCUCAAAAGCAAGUGGUUUUUUCCCAAUUACUAUUCUUCAGAAAGGCGUGAAGAUUGCUGUGGAACCCCCCCAGGGAUUGAAAAGCAAUUUGCUUCAAAUGUUUGGCUAUGGCGGGAGUGGAGAGGUGACAGAAGAGAUGUUUGAAAAGCCUGAUUGUGGACCAUGGUGGAAAAAACUCCUCUUCAGCCUGUGUCUUUUCAGUGCCGUGCUCAUUGAGAGGAAAGCAUACGGAACACUGGGCUGGAACAUCCCCUACAGAUUCAGUUCCUCGGACCUGGAGGUGUCCUUAAAGGUACUGGGAAAUGUCCUCUCUGGUAAGUCAGAAGUUCCAUGGAAGGAGGUGGAUUACCUGAUCUCAGAAGUGACCUUUGGUGGCCGGGUGGUUGAUGAAUGGGACAUGCGGUGCCUGAAGACUCUUUUCUACAAAUUCUUCAAUCCUGAAAUGCUGAAGGAUGACUACAGUUUCUCUAGCAACGAGAUGUACCAGCCAGUGCCCAGCUCUGCAAGCUUAAAGGACUGCAUCAACAUUAUCCAGUCCUUCCCAGAUGACGACUCUCCAGAAAUACUAGGAAUCCACCCCGAGGCCACAUACACCUGCAGUGAGAUCAAGGCCCAGAAAUACAUUGAAAAUCUCAUCUGUAUGCAACCAAAAGAUGCCCCAGGCUACCUCCUGAUCAAGCCCAUGCAGAGCAAUGACGAGCUGGUAAUGGAGGUCCUAUCUGACAUAAUGUCACAGCUGCCCCUGACCGUGGAGAGCGAGGAAGUUUCUGGGCCUGGAAGCCAGAGCACAUUCAAUUUUAUUGUGUCAAGUCCAAUUUGGGAGAGGCUUCAUGAAAAUAUUCAAGGAUAUGAUCCUCUUAUCCACUCUGUCUUGAUACCUUUUCUGAAAAAAGAAAUAGAACGUUUCAAUAAGUUAUUAUCUGUCAUACAUAAAUCCUUAAAGAGUCUUCAACUCGCUAUAAAGGGUGAGAGCAUCCUCACUUCGGACCUGGAGGAGACAUACGACUCUUUCAUUCGGGCCAGAGUGCCCAUGCUGUGGCAGAAGAACGCCUACAAGUCCUGCAAGCCCCUGAGCUUCUGGGUGAGCAACCUCAUCCAGAGGGUGAACUUCUUCAACACCUGGGCCAAAGUGGCCUACACAGCCAUCCACCAACGGUACAUGUUGUUUAUAACAACCUGGAGACAGCUGGGCCAGAAAUCCAGACGUCCCGCUGACUUCAAGAUUGAAAUCACUGAUGGGUUCCCUGCACGAUACUGGCUCUCGGCUUUCUUCUCCCCACAAGCCUUUCUUACUGCUGUGCUUCAAGACUAUGGAAGAGCGCAAGGAAUCUCCAUGGACGCCCUCACUUUCACUCACAAAGUAAUUUAUAAUACCAAUGUCACUCAAGAGGAUGAUAUCUCCAAACUUCUCCAGAAGAGGCUCAACAUAGUCAGGAGAGCUUUCCAGCAACACCAGGACCACUCUCCCAAAGGAGUUUACAUUUUUGGUUUAUUCAUGGAGGGGGCACGAUGGGAUCCUGAACAGGAAGUGCUGGAAGAUUCGCUGCCCACUCAGUUAUGCUGUGAAUUUCCCGACAUGCUCUUUUUGCCAACAAAGAUUACUGAACCCUCCCCCUCCCAGGAUUCUGAGCAGACAGCCUCAGAACUGCAAACUUUUGAGUGUCCAGUUUACUACACGCCCGAGAGGUCAAGAAACACAAUUGGCUUACCAACACCUGUGCUAACAUCAGUGCAUUUACCCACGAAGAAACCUCCUAGUCACUGGAUCACCAUGCAGGUUGCACUGCUGUGUGAGAAGAAUGAAUGA